AUGUGCAACUUUGAAUUGCUUUGGUUCAAACAGGGUGCCGAUUCUAAUGAAUCCACUUUUCACCAAUCACAUCAUUUUGGCCAAUUCACUUGUCUCCAUAUCCAGGUAUCCAUGAUAAUGCAUUGGCGUUCGUUCCUGUGGCUGUUUCCUUUGUUGCCCACCUUCUACUGCGAAACCCAAUCUGCGGUCUUCGCUGCGGACGGCAAGGUUCACAUGGACGACAAGAGAGGCUUCAAACCGUGGAUCCGGCGACAGGAUGGAGCCGCAAUGGAGCUUGAAGAGCUGCGUGAAAACCAAGCGCCGCAGGCCGUCUUUGGGGAUCCAAAGGUAUCACCUGCUUUGGCCAAGGCAAUGCUCUCUGCCGAAACUCACAAGUCCGGCACCCUGGCAGGCUUGCAGACUGCUCUUGUAGCAGAACAGGCUUCGGCUUCAACAGCAUCUGCACUGCUGGUGAUCUCCGAAUUUACGUUUUUCUUGAUGAUGUUGUACUUGCUGAAUCACAAAGAUGUCAAUGUGAAGCGACUUUCUUGGUCGACUUUGCACAGCUCUGUUGCCAUUUUUAUCAGCAUGCUUUUAUUCAUGUCGACAAAGUCUCUUUGGAUCCUCAUGGCCGGACAUACUUUGGAUGGCACCCCAGCUGGUGUUGCCUUGAGCUGGACUCGCUAUGUGGUGGUUUGGAUCCUUGGCCCUGUCAUACUUCUUCGCCGUGGCGUAGAUGAUGAAUCAAGAGAAGCCUGGUGCUCCAUUGUCCAAUGGUUUACAGCCUUUUGCGGCGCAGAUGCUUUUGGUGAAUUGAUGAUGACAAGCGUCUUCUCAGCAUCAGUUGGUGCUCAGUUUGGUGGUUUCAUCCUGUGUUGCUUCAUCAUUUGGCUACAAUGCUUCGGUGCAUGCUGGGCUCGGCACUUUGUUGCCCUUGCAGCUUCAACUGACCGGGAGAUGAAGGAGAAGUGGGCAGAUUCUUGGCAAGUUGCGGAGACAACUUAUGCAGGAUACAUUCUCGGCCUGACUUUGUCAAUGUGGACGAGAUUUGCAACCUCUGGGAUCCCGACAGGUGCCUAUGGUCAACCACCAGGACAGACUGGAGCGCAUUCUGGUUUGCUUGCUUUGUGGACGGGCACUGCAGUUCUGGUUGGUUUUAUUGUUAUUGGUUUGGUCCACCGACUUGGAGCUCCUGAAAGGAGCUGGACCAGUCGCCGUUUCUCCCAAAUGACAACAUCAAUCAUGGCAAUGUUUUGUGCUUGGAUGUCACUUUACACCUUGGAGUGGGAGUUUCUGUACUAUACCAAUGCCAGCGGAUUUGGUGGACAGGCAGCUGAUAUCAACGCCAGCAUUCUACUGGCAAUUUGCUCUUCCGUCUUUAUGUUUGCAAUCAUGCGGAUUAUUGACUUCAUUGCUGACCGGACAGGCAGUCCAUCGGUGCGAUCAACAGCUAUCUUCUGCGAGCUGUUCAUAGGGCUGACUUGGCAGCGGGUCUUCUACAUGGCAAUCCGGUUGUCUGGACGCCAGUACAAGCAAGCAGAGCGAGUGAUCGAUGUUGUGUGCAUGUGGUCGUUGGCAGCCAUAUGUAGUCCGGCAUGGUCUUUCUACAUCCUUCCGUUCUUCCUGAAAGCCAAAGAGGAGGAAGAGCAAGAAAUCAAAAGUGGAGCCAAAGCAUCGUCGGAGGGGAAGGAGUCACAACUGGCAGACUCUGGUACUCCGAGCAAAAAAAAUGAUGCCACUCCAGCUCCAGCAAGCGAGAAGCCUAAAGACGACGACGAAGAGUUCUGA